AUGACAAACAAUAUGAAUGAGAAGACAGGUUAUAUAGAAGAUGGCCAUUAUUAUUUUAUCACUCGUUCUAUGUGCAGUAAUGGUGGAGAUCCAAAAGUUAAUGAAUUUAUUAGAACCCAUACUGCUUAUGAAUGUAUAAAAAGAAGAUGUGAAUCACACCCUGAAGAUGAUUUUUAUGGGUACAGAGAACGAAAGAAUGGAAAAGGAGUUGGAAAUUAUAUUUGGUUAAAGAAUAAAGUUGUUAUUGAACUGAUUGAUUCUUUUUCUAAUGCAUUAUUAUACCAAUUCCACCUUAAAAAAGGAGAUGCUAUUGGAUUUAUUAGUAGAAAUAGGUAUGAAUGGUAUAUUGCUCAAUAUGCAAUGCAAAAGAAUGGUAUUAUUCCAGUUCCACUAUACGCUACUUUAGGAGAGAAAGCAAUAGAUUAUAUUGUCGGUUUAAUGAAAAUAAAUAUAGUUAUUGGUUCUCUUGAUAAUACCUUAGUAUCUUUAUCUAAAAGAAAUUCAUCUCUUCAAUUUAUUUUGUUUGAUCAUGAAGAAGUAGGAAAUCUUAUUGCACCCUCAAACACUUUAUACUUUGAAGAUUUAUUAAAUGUUGGAAGAUCUCAUACUGUAGAAAGUGUUUUACCAAAAAUGGAAGAUAUUUGUUUGAUUGUUUUUACAUCUGGAACUUCUGGAACACCAAAAGGAGCUAUUCAUACAUUUUAUUCAUUUUCUCAUGGGAUUAAUUCUAUUAAUGAAACUCAAAUCUUUACAACUGGACCAAUGAGAAAUGAAACAGUUUUUUCUUAUCUUCCAUGUGCUCAUGUUCUUGAACAACAAACAUCUCAAGGAUUUAUGUACGGAGGAGGAAGAGUAGGUUUUAUUUCAGGAGGUAUAUCUUCAUUAGUAGAUGAUUUAAAGUUAUGUCAACCAACUUAUUUCUGUGCAGUUCCUCGAGUACUUCAAAGAAUUUAUGAUGUAUUUCAUCAAAAAUAUCUUGAAAUGGGUUGUGUUGUGAAAAGAAUAUUUGAUAUUGCCUUUUACUUCAAAAGUAAUGCUCUUCGAUUAAAUACAACAACAUACAUUGAUUGGGAUAGUAUUGUCUUUCAUAAAAUUAAAGAACAAUUUGGUGGUAAAUUAAAAUUUAUUUUUAAUGGAGGAGCUCCUUUAACUUAUGGAUUAUAUGAAUGGCUUAGAGUAUGUACAGGAGCUUAUAUCAUGCAAUCAUAUGGAUUAACUGAAUCAUGUGGAGGUUGUACAACUUGUUUACCAGGAAUGAAUGAUCCACAAAUCUUAUCAUGUGGAAGCCCUUGUGAUCGAGUUAAAUUACGUUUAACUAGUGUUCCAGAAUUAGAAUAUUUUGUGGAAGAUAAAAUACCUUGUGGAGAAAUAGAAUUAAGUGGAGGUCCAAUAUUUAAAGGAUAUUAUUGUAAUGACCAAGCAAAUAAAGAUGCGUUUACUGAAGAUGGAUAUUUUAAGACAGGGGAUAUUGGUUCUGUUGCUAAAGACGGUUCUUUAAUUAUUAUUGAUAGAAAGAAAAAUCUAUUUAAAUUAGCACAAGGAGAAUAUAUUGCUGUUGAACCAUUAGAAGGUAAAUAUGAUUCUUGUUCAUUUGUUUCACAAACAUUUAUUCAUGGAGAAAGUACUGACUCUUUUAUUGUAGGAAUUAUAGUACCAGAAUAUGAUAUAGUUAAAACAUGGUUAAAAACUAAAGGAGUUGAAUAUGAAUCAAAAGAAGAUAUUAUUAAAAUAUUAAAUACAUCAAUGAAAAAAGAUAUUUUAGGAGAAAUUAAUAGUUAUGUAAAAAGUUUAAACGUUCCAAGUUAUGAAUUAAUUAAAAAUGUAUAUUUCAUUGAUGAACCAUUUUCAACACAAAAUGAUCUUCUUACCCCAUCAUUUAAAUUAAAGAGAAUGAAUUUAAAGAAACAUUUUUCAGAUCAAUUAGAAAUAUUAAGAAAAGAAAUUUUAACUAUUCUUUAA